UCUGCAAAGGCCAAUCAGCCUAUAGCUCUCCUCGCUUCCUGUCUCUCCCAGCUAGAGUAGGUGUGCCCUACUCACCUGAAAAGUUAAACACAAAUGAAAUACCUUCAGCCUCGGGGAAGAGAGAAAAUCUUAAACCUGAUUCCAACUGCAGGAGCGACAGCAGGAACAGCUACCGGAGCUGGGCUCAGAGCAAAACACUGGCCCAAAAAUCAAGGAUGUGACACCCAGCAGCUUAACUGUGCUCAGUACCACUGCAGCUGAAGUGAUUGUUGACUUCUACACUUAGUAACAGCGAAGGGAUGGGACCUUCUCUCCAAGGGUAACCCUAAUCCUUCCUGGGACGGGUCGAAAGGACUUUGGCCAGCUGAGACCACCUAAGACGGAUUGGUGAUUUCAGGAUGUCUCACUGAUGGAAUCUGAAGAAGCCAAUGGAGUAGACCCCAUUCCCCUAGCAACCAGCAGCCUUAGUAAGGGAAACCCUGACAUUUUACCAGCCAAAAGGGGACAUCAUGCCACCAGUGAAUCUGUAGUGAUGAGCACGGGGCUGCCUGGUUCUGCAGCAGGAGUACAGCUCUCCCUUGCCCAGGACCUUCUGAGGCAUCUCUCUGUUGGGGAAUCAGCAGAGAUGUGUGGCAGAUCUUCUAACCCUGUACCAGCAGGCCCGGAACAAGAGGAGAAAGAUUUAAGGCACCCAAGAAGAUUCUCAGAGUGGGAGAAAGAUCCUGCAGAGACACCUGUGCAAACAGAGACUUGGGAUCGCUCCUCAAACUCUGAUCAGGGAAGGUUAGCUCAUCCUGAAAGCAGUCAGUAUUCUUCCUCUCCCAACACAGACCCACAGGCACCAGACUCUGAUGACAAAAACCUGCAGGUACAGUCUCCAGCCCUUCAUAUCAUGUUUCCUCAGGAUCAGAAACAAUGCCUACCAUGUCAUGCUGUUGUCUCCCACAUACAGCAUGAGGAAACCUCAACAACAGACACUGUUCCCAGCCAGCGGGAACCAGGCAUUAAACACUUCCUGGUGUGUAAACAAGUUUCAGAGGUUUAUUGCAAGACUGAGACUUUGCACGAUGACAGCGUUGGGGAUUCCCCUUUGCAGGGGGUGGAUGUAGCAAAUGGGACCAUCAGAGAGUUCCCGCCAAGGACUGAAGCAGUGGCAGGGGCUGACAAGGAGACAACUCCUGGGAUGGAUGCAGCAGGCAGGACGGAUCCCAUGCCUUCUGGAGAUGGCGAUGAAAAAGCAGGAGGCUUAGAGGGAGGAGGAGAGGAUACAGACUCUCCUUCUUCACAUCAGCCACCCUGUCCCUUAUUGGAUGACGGCCAAGGAAGUUCACAGCUGACCGGAAGAGAUGUGAAUGGAAAGAUAGCCCCGCCAUCCCACGAGAGAGGGAACAAUGCCUUGGCCACCGACCAGAAAAAAGAGGUGGUUGCUGAACAAAGUCUGUCUGGUUUCAUAAAUCUCCAUCUGGAGGAGGAGGAGGAGGAGAAAGAAGCAGACAAUGGAAAAGCAGAAGGCAGCACUGAACCUCCAAGUGAGUCCAUGUUCCACAUACAGAACGCUGCGAAAAAUACAGAGGAGGAGGAAGAGCAGCACGAGCAGCUAGAAAGCAGGGAGGAGCCAGAAGAGGAGGAGCAGGCGGAACAAAAGCUGCUAGAGCUGGAACAGGAAGAGCCAGAAUGGGAGAAGCUGCAGAAGAAAGUGAAACCAGUGCAGGAGGAGCCUGUAGGCAAGAGAGAGAAUCCAAAAGAAAACAGGUGGGACCAGCUGGAACAAGAGCCGGGGAGAGAAGAGGUGGAGCUGGGGGCUCCACCAGCACUCAAUCCGGCACCACUUCUCUCCCAGGAAAACUGGCACCUCCAUGAUGUGGGGGAGAGCAGCUUCUCGGCUGAGGGAACAGGACCAGUCUCUCUGCCUCAGGAAUCAUCUUCCAAAGAUCAGCACCCUGGCGAGGAUAUUCUGUCUGACAGAGGGUUGGAGACCUGCACAGGAGGAGUAAGUAUAAGAGCUCAGACACCUGCUGUGGCAACGUCUGAAAGUCAGACCCCAGUGGAUCGGAGUCCCGGGAUAUCCUCCCUCCCUUGCCACGUGUCUGAGCAUCGGGGGGAGACAGGGAUUUCUAGCCCUUCCAGCUCCAUAACGGGCAAUGGCCAAGAUAGUGGAGAAACCAGUCAGGAUGACACAGGCAGUAGCGGUGAGGAUAGCCAUAGCGAUGGAGAUGGAAGCAGAGUUCAGAGCUUUGAUGGAGGAGGAGCCAUCUCUCCAUUUUGCACGGAAGUAACCUCAUCUGGUGCAGGGAGCUCAGACUCUUCUAGGACUCUGGACCCUUUUUCUGGUGCCAGGAACUUAGAAUCUCUUGGUCACACUGAUCCUCAUCCUGUUGCAGAAAACUCAGCGUUUCCCGGUCAUUACGAUUCCACUCCAGCCUCACCAUCAGAACUCAACUCGGCAGCCGCUGCAGCGGGCCCAUCUCAAGAAGAUGCUGUUGAAGGAUCCCAAGUGAGCCCUGGGGGAUGUACCGACUUGGACAAAGAACAGAGCUCUGUACAGGACAUGUCCAGCCAGACUUCUUAUCUGCAGGAGGCAACUUCUGGCGAAGGUUCCUUGGGGUCUACCAGCAAAGAAGGCGACCAGGAUUCCCAUGGGCUGCUUACACCUAGGAAGAGCCUUAAUGAAGAGCCUAGUGCCCAGCCUUUCACCUCCCAGGCUUUCAGAAGUCCUUUUCCCAGGGAGAGCUUGUCCAAGGACAGAAAUGAAGUAGAAUCUACUCUUGCAGCUACAAUGCACUUGGAGCCAUCCCAAACACCAGACGUGGCUCCCACUCCCCCGAAUUACCUGGAGAAACUCCAGAGGCCCCAAAAGCCCCGAAUGAGAAGUUCUGUUUCUCAGGGAACAGAAAUAGAAGCAAACGUGGCUCAUGCAGCACAACAAAACCCGUUACUUGACCAGUCACAUUUGAGCUUAGAAGUGGAAGCGCCAGGUACAGGGAGCGCCCAUAAUGCCGGACCUCAGCUCCCAGAAGAAAGUGAAGCCCUUGCCCUGGAGCAGCAUGCACAGCCUUCUCUUCCUGAGCCUGAAUCCAGCUCGCCCCUAGCCCCUGUGCUUGGCACUGAGAUGCUCAAUCACCCUGUGAGCCCAGCGCCCGGCACGGCCCUAGCCCCUGUGCCUGACGCCAACCAGCUCACCCAACCUACAGCUCUUGUACCCAGUUUGCCCCUGGCUCCCAUGGCUGAUGCUGACCAGCUCAAUCUCCCUUCACCUUCUGUGCCCAGCUCGCCCCUGGCUUCUGUGUCUGAUGCCGACCAGCUCAUGCACCCUCCAGCUCCUGCGCCCAGCUCGUCUCUAGCCCCUGUCUCUGACACUGACCAGCUCAUCCACCCUCCAGCUCCUGCGCCCAGCUCACCCCUGGCGCCUGUGCCUGACACCGACCAGCUCACCCACCCUCCGGCUCCUGCGCCCAGCUCUCCCCUGGUGCCUGUGCCUGACACCGACCAGCUCGCCCACCCUUCGGCUCCUGUGCCCAGCUCGCCCCUGGCACCUGUACCUGACACCGACCAGCUCGCCCACCCUUCGGCUCCUGUGCCCAGCUCGCCCCUGGCACCUGUACCUGACACCGACCAGCUCGCCCACCCUUCGGCUCCUGUGCCCAGCUCGCCCCUGGCACCUGUACCUGACACCGACCAGCUCGCCCACCCUUCGGCUCCUGUGCCCAGCUCGCCCCUGGCACCUGUACCUGACACCGACCAGCUCGCCCACCCUUCGGCUCCUGUGCCCAGCUCGCCCCUGGCACCUGUACCUGACACCGACCAGCUCGCCCACCCUUCGGCUCCUGUGCCCAGCUCGCCCCUGGCACCUGUACCUGACACCGACCAGCUCGCCCACCCUUCGGCUCCUGUGCCCAGCUCGCCCCUGGCACCUGUACCUGACACCGACCAGCUCGCCCACCCUUCGGCUCCUGUGCCCAGCUCGCCCCUGGCACCUGUACCUGACACCGACCAGCUCGCCCACCCUUCGGCUCCUGUGCCCAGCUCGCCCCUGGCACCUGUCUGCCCAGCCUCUGCCUCCUUUGUCCAACGCCAACCCAUCUCGAGAGUGUGUACUGGACUCUGGUCAGGUUCUGGCCACUGCUCCCACUCCCGGCUGCCCGGCUCAGGCUCCAGCCUGUGUGCACAUUCUGCUCCCUGCCCCUGCUGUUGA